AUGGAUUCAGAUCAAAAACUAGGAAGCAGUUGCUCAGAGAGUUCAAGUGAAUUAGAACAAUCAGAGGAAGUAAAGGAAGAUGAUUAUUCAGAUAGUUUCACCAAUAAUAUCAUUAAACGUUCAUAUGAAUGCAUAUUUUGCAAACGUGGAUUCACCAACGCUCAAGCUCUUGGAGGCCACAUGAAUAUUCAUAGAAAAGAUAGACCCAAUAAACCUCCAAAAUUAAUAUCUUCUUCUUCUUCCCUUCAAAGCAACCAAAUACUUGGUCCAUCCACUAAUUUCAACAGCAUCCCCUAUUUUGGGCCUCUUUUGGGUAGGUCUCAAGUGAACUAUCAAGCAUCGUCUUCUAACUCACAUGGCUACUUCCAGCAACUUGGAGAUUUUAAUAUGAACCUUUGGGGGUCAGAUUUGAGCCUACAAAUCGGACCGACGACGGGGAGGAGGCAACUUUGGAAUGGGGAUGGUGUCGAUUUGGAGCUUCGACUUGGUCAUCAUCCGUAA